UCUCCUUCACAUCGUUCUUUUCUCCUUUUUUUCUUCUGUAUCACUCCGGCCAUCUGCAAGGUCGGUGGCGACAGCGGCCUCCGUAGAGAGGAAGCAAGUACCGGCUGCAGGAGUUGAUUUUUAAGCUAAGAAGAGAUGGAGAGCUUCGGUGACACGCUGCGAAAGCUCCAAGAGGCCCAUGAUCGUGAAGUGGAGGUGUGGCAGGUGAAAUUCAGGGAGCUGUCCAACAAAAAGGGCUGUGACACAAAGCGGAUGGAGGAACUGUUCAGCAGAAACCAGCAGAUGAAGGAGCAGCAACGGUUGCUCACAGAGAACAUCAGGACGCUGGAAAACAGACUGAGGGCGGGGCUUUGUGACAGAUGCUCAGUGACCCAGGAUGUGGCCAAGAGACGGCAGCAGGAGUUCGAAGCCUCGCAGAUUCAAAGCCUCCAGCACAUUUCCAUCCUGGGUAUUCCACUUUGCCUCAUGAAUGCUUCACUCGUGGUGGUUUCCUCACACAAUCCUUCUUCUAACCCCCGUCUGCUCCGUCCUUCAUCUGCAGCUGGAGAGAUGACCAACCUGAAGAAGGAGAUCCUGAAACUCAAAGAUGAAAACAGGGCUUUGAGAGCCGCCCUCAACAGAGGAUCUGAGCCGAGCAGCAGCACCGACCCCAAAACCAACGGCUCCCCUGACCAGUCGCCCAGAUCCAGAACCAUCAACCUGAUCAGCCCGCCGCCCGGCAGAACCAGGCAGCAGCCAGCAGAUGGCGACGUGGUCGUCAAAAUGGAGGCAGACCAAAGAAGUGAGGAAAUUGAAUGCAGGGAGGUGAGAGGACUGAGCCGCAGCGGCUGUGAAGUCGUCAAGCCUCGGUCAUCACCAGCCUGGAAGACAGACCCCAGCGGGGCACCAGCUCCAGAGAAGAGAUCUCAAAGCAUUGAAGUGCUUGACCAGCGUCCGAGCUUUCCAUCCGAACGGAGGAACUCCUCACCCGCUUCUGGAGUAGAGGUCAAACCAAGGCGACCCGUGGUUCCCAUCCCCUGCCAUCCUCGGGCAGUCAAUAACAACCCCCUCUCUCUGCCCUGGUCCUUAUCCGAACCCUCAAACUGGGCUAACGUUGCCGCUAUGGUCAACAGCCACCAGAUGCAGAACACAAGGCUUCAGUUGCCACACUUUCCCAACCUGAUAGCACCGCCCCCCCAGCUCAACCCCAGAAGACUUGGGUUUUCUCCUUCCUGGCAUAAGCACAGCAUUCCUCGCCCCCCCAGCAAAGAGUCCACGGUGGGCCACAAGUACAAUAUCACAGGAGAGCACACAGACAAUCUACCGAAGCCUCCGGCUGAGAGAGUUCCCAGAGAGGCCAUUCGAGACGCCCCUGACGGGCCUUUGGACCUGUCAGACCGAGGGAAGACAAACCCAAACCAGAGUUCCAUAGAUGACACGUCACCAGGUGAGGGGAGGGCACAGAGGAGCAGUGACAAUGACGGCAGGACUCGCAUCCCAGCAUCCUCCCCGUCCCUCUGUGUCCUCCCAUCCUCCUCCCAUUCAACCCCUCAGACACAGCAGAACCUCGAGUCCGGCAGCGAGCGCAAAAACGGGGUCAUCAAAGAGCAGGAGCAGAAAGAGGAGCUGAUCAAAAGGACAGAACAGAGUAACGGAAUGAAGGUUCCUCUGUCGUUACGGCCAGCAGUGGUAAUGUUGGAAACCCUAAAUUCCGCUUUACAAAAGCAAGAGUCUCAGUCAUCGAAUGGAAAGCUGACUAAGAUGUCCUCACCUGCGAAUGUGGUGGACAGCAGUUCAGACGAACAAGACGAGAACCUGAGCAGCUGUGGAAGAGAAAAUGCCGCCAACGGCAAGAGGAAGAGGACAACUUUGGAAAACGAAACUGACAAAAACAACAUCCAACCGGAGAGAAGAGUCAAGAUCAGAGUGAGGCCUGAAGAAAAGAGUCCGACCUAAAGAGGAGGGAUUCCAGAGAAAAGGACAGAGAAGAUCAAAGCAUAAAUGUUGAGAUAAAAUACAAAGAGGAAGAAAAGAAACCCCAGUGGACCUGCUUCCACUGUGGAUUCGUCACUUUUGUUUUUACUGUUAUCUAAACUACAGUCUGUAUCUUUAGAGUAGCUCGAACAUUUCUAGUUUUAAAGUUUAGUUGAACUAAAUUUAGGACCAGACGUCCUUCUGUCAGGUUUUCCUAACCCAAACUAAGACAGUAUUUCCUCAAUUCUGGGACAAAAAGUCCUUCUGCAGACACGCGGGACAUUAGAGAUGCUUUUGAUGGUGAACAGAAGCAGCAAAAACUCACUUCUCCUUUCAGAUUUUGGAUUUUUUCUGUGUCAACACACAUUUUUUACAACCCCAUUCUCGUUACUGUUACACCAGAUGAAAAUAACGUAAAUAUAUAUUUUUGCUUAUUGUGAAUGCUAAAAACCACCAUGAGUGUCAUUGGUGCCCUGAGAUGUGAUGUCUUCUGUGGUUUUUAGUACGUUUCAUGUUUCAGUCACUGUUUGUGUCGUCAUGUUUCCAGAAAUCCUGAUCAACCUGAUGCUCACAGAGCUCCCAUCAAAGCCUUUUCUCUACUUCACUAUGGAAUGUGAGCAAAGAUCCAUCAAUUAUGCUGCAUCAGCUCUAGUCACAGUGCAGACUGUUCUCAUCUGGGAAAAUCCUCCUUUCUGGAAGAACGGUCGGGCUGCAGGUUGCUGAGGGAAACGGUGCAGAUGCCAAACAGGCAGGAAAACAGCUGUUUCCAAAUGAUGCGACCGAAAAAAGAGACAGGCUGUUUGUUUUUGGAAGCAAAUCAGAUUGAACUCUGGGAAAAUCCGCUCUGGAAAUCGGCUUUAUGUUUGGUUUUCUUCCUCUUCCUGCAUGAAUCUGUCCCCUAAAACUGUGAAUGUUUGAGCCGAAUUUGGAGUUGCCAUUUCCUCCGCACCGUUCAGUUAUGGAGGUAAAGAUUUGGAGAUUAAUUGGUACAAACUGCACUUUGCUGCUGAGAGUGAUCUGUUCCUGUGGAGGCAAAGAGGCGUUCCAUCUGGACGACCAAAGCAGUUCUCCAGUUUGCUCCGCUGCUCUGUAUAUCGGCUGUAAAUUGUGAUGAAAGAAAAAAGCACUUUGUUGUUUUUUUUUUCUUAGGAACUGUUGCUUUUUUAUUGACCCAUUUUUUUAGUUCAUUUGUUUUUGUGUGUCCACAACUUCAAAGAGAACUUUGACUUAAUAAAAUACUUUGAACCAAAAAUGUCAAUAAAUAAAACCAAUGUUAAAGUUG